AUGUUUGAUUCUGAUCAACAAGAAACAUCUUAUGGUCAUGGAGAAUUAAUGGCAGGGAACGAUGAAUAUCAAAAAUUCUCAUCAUUUGAAAGUGCACGUUUACAACAAGAAAAUAAAUAUGAUGAAAGUAUUGAUGAUGAAGAACUUACGGAUGAAGAAAAACGUAAACAAGAACAUGCUGCUGUAUCUAUUCAAGCACAAUUUCGUGGUUUUCAAGUUCGAAAAAAUCUACGAGAAACAUUUGAUCCUAUGGAUGAAGAAAAGCCCACUGAUCAUAAAGAACAACAGGACUAUGACAAUGAUCAUGACAAAACAUCCGUACUAUCAUCAACUCAUUCUAGUGAUCGUCGUGAUCUUGAUGAAAAUCUCAGAUUACAUAAUGAGAUUGAAAUGGGCAAAAACGAAAAUAUUGAUCGACCAUAUCUUGAACGUGAACCAACACAAUUAAGUGACGAUUUUGAACGACAUACAGGCGUAUUACGUGAUAUAAAUUAUAAUCGAGAACAUCAAGAAGAAUUUUUUAACAACGAAGACGAUAUGAGUGAUUCAAAUCUUGAUAAAGCAGCUACACGUAUUCAAGCAUCAUAUCGUGGUUAUAAAACUCGAAAAGAACUAGGUUCCGUUGGUGGUCAUUCACAAACUGGCCAUGAUCAACAUCAUUCAUCAUCAUCUUCUUCACCAACACAUAAAGAAUAUAAUAAUGGUCAUAAUAAACAUAUUUUAUCACCAUCAGCUGAAGGUAAUAAAGUACCAGAACAUGAAGAUCAUGAAGAUCAUGAUGAUAAUGCAGCUGCUGUUAAAAUUCAAGCUGCUUAUCGUGGCUAUCGAGUUAGAAAAGAUUUGGAAAAAUAA